AUGACCCCCAGCUGCUUCUUGCAGCAGAUGUAAAUUAAUUGUUCAUUAUCACCUUAAUAUCAGGCCAUCAUGACAACAAAGUCGCAUUUUUCUAAUGUUUUUUUUUUUAGUUUUUCAUAAAAUAUGAAUUCUAAUGCACAGAAACAUUGCAAACUGAAACUUUCUAUUUCAAUAGUUUUAUUGCAAAAAUGAAUUGGUUUGUGGCUAAACUGAACUAUUGCACAGUAAGAGGAUGCUUUUCUCCAAAAAUUGGCUGUCCAAGUUAAAAAAAACAAUAACCAAAAAGCUGUGAGCUAUCAGUGCACAAUGAAUUCAUAUCAUACAUGUUAGGACAUGGUAGUUUUUAUCUGUUUGAAUAGAUACCCUGAUGAAUAAUGUAUUUGCAUAUGCGUUACAUAGUUAGGUGUCAUAGUGACUCAAGGCAGCACAGUAUUUGUCUCUGUUUCUUUAUUGAUAGCUGAGCAAGUCUUCCAUCUUGGGAACAAUCAUCACGAGGUGCUAAUGCUGUUGGUGUUAUAUAGCUUUAUUUCCGUCAGUUCUUUCAUUUAGUUCACUCAGUAGUGAAAAGACUUGUUAAGAUGAAAAAAAAACCUUCCCAAAGAUCACUUCAGGUGUGUUCCUUUUAACCAUUGUUUGAUGUGACUUUUUCUGUUCCGAUGCAUCUAUGAAUAUGCGUCUGUGUUGUGUAUCACAGGCCAACAAAGGGAUGAUUCUUUUUAAAAGCACUCCCUGUCCCCAUGUGACUCAUCCUUCUAUAUCUUCUGCUGUGUAUGUAAAGAGAUUUAACUGUAGAAAUGGAUAUCUCACAUGCUACGGAUCAAUAUGAUGCCACUAUAUGGCUGCUGUAUCACAAUAACUGACUUAGGGGUCCCUGUCGCUGUCAUGAGGGAUUUCUGCAAGAGAUUCAUUCUGAAUAUCUGAUUGAUUUCAUUAAAUGUGAUUAUAGUAAAUAAAUAGAUAAAUGAUGUUUCAGUCAUUUCCCUACCAGAGAUAACUUUUGACAUUAGUGUGAAAGGACCCUUCCAAUCAUUUAAAAAAAUAAGAAUGAUAAUACAAAUUGACAAUCUAGCCAAUAUAAAAGUGUAUAAUAUCAUCCCAACAACUUAUAAAAAUAUUCAGCGGUCCCUUUAUUUAAAAUGUUUUUCACAACACUGACAAUUUUUUACAUUUAUAUUUAACAUUCAUAUUUACGUUCAACAUUUACAUUAUCCUUGGAAAAGUUAUUGCAUGCAUUUGCAUUAAUUUCUUUCUAAAUGAUUGAAAAAGUGACAUAUUAAUAUUGUCGUGCUUUUUUUUCAUAUGAUCAUGCUAAAUGUACCAAAACUGCGCAGGAUUUUAGAACGUGCGACAUUUUACAAACGGCGGCCCUUAUUCAUCCACCACAUUCAUACCAUCGUCUGAUUGGGGCCCCAGCCGGCCCCAUGCAAUACAUUUCCAUUAUCAUUUUGGAAUGAGGCUGCCAAUAUCUCCUGUAUGCCUCUUUCCCACCAGAAAUAUACAGUUUGAAAGCAAUGCAGUUCAUAAUAAUAUUGUUUGAAGAACUUCCCAUGCAGGUGGAAGCGUCGCAUUGACAGCUGUCCAUCAGACCCAGUUACUGACCACUAAGCUGCUUAAGCACGUUUCCUUAGUGGUGGACUCGCCGCUAUUGGCUGACAAGAGCCCAGCGAACUGUCAAUCCGCCGAAACAAACACGCCCCGCGGAGCCCCGCCUACUUCCACCUGCAGCCUUGAGGUCUCGCGCCUCCCGCGCAAAGCCGUGGAGCGCGAGCGCGCGAGCGGCCUGCUGGAGCAGCAUGGAGGAGUGUGACCUGCUGAAAGAGAGGCUGCAGGCCAUCACUGAAAAACAUCGCAUCCAGGAUGACAUCAGGCAGAGGAAACUGGAGCUGGACCGGGAAAAAGUCAAACUUCAGCAUCUAAAGAAAAAAGCCCUGAGGGAGCGAUGGCUGCUGCAGGACUCGGCUUCCCACAAUGCAAAAGACUCCCCGCAUCAACAAAGCCUUCUGUGUGACCAGCAGCAGACCAGAGCACUGCAGCUAAACAUCCACAGGAUAGAAAUGGAAGUGCAGUGUUUGGAGAGAGAGGAGUCCAGGAUUUCUACCAACGCGUCUUUCAUCCUCAACAGACUGAAGGCUGUGGAGAGAAGUUCAGGGGACAUUAUCAAGGAGGCCCAGGACAGCUUCGUUCCUGAGCCGUUACUGGUCAGCAAAGUCAGCCCUGAUGUCCCACAAUCCCUCUCUCCACCAGGCAGCAAACACUCUGAAACAAACACGCCAACUCUGUUUGCCAUGGAGAUCAAUGUGACUAGAAACCUGUUGACUGGGCAGAGCACGGUGCUCUCUCCUGCACCCGGUCCCCCUGAGAAGGUCAACCAGCACGCCGGCCUCAAGGGUUACGACGACGGCAGGAAGUGUGUUCACGCCCUGAAUUCACAGGGGUCACAUGAUCAGAGCUGUGUGUCUGUGCUGUCAGCAAACGAGGUUGAACAGUUGCUGAGAAGCGCCACAGUGCAUCGCCACCUUAACCACAGCAAAAGGGAACAGAAAUGCUGUCUCAAACACCAAGAUGAGAGGGAUGGAGUGGAGGGGUUUGACCUCAGAAACCAGCGGGGAUGUUAUGGGAGCCAUCUCCUCAGAAACACCCCACCGGAGAAAGAAUUCAACGGCCGGCAAAGUGGGAAGAGCCAACCAGGAGGCGAGUAUCACUGCGGUCACCAGGAAAGCGUUCACAGACAGCAGGAAGAGAGAAUGAACCGAAGCAACCUACGGGAAGGUCAUCGCCUUGGUAACCACAGCAGGGGGGGACACCCGUUUGGCAACCAGAGAGAACGCCACUGUAGUUCGUACCAGGUGAGAAACUGUCACUGUGUUCAGGAAGAUCGGCCUUCCCACCACACCAGCAGCAUCAUCAACAGUGUGGUUAAUAGAGGCAGAGCCAAUGAUCGCCCACCGCCCAGAUCACAUGACAUGGGAACAGAGUUUGACUGCCCGGGUCAGCUCUGUUACACUUCAGCCAAUUAUAUUCCUCUUAGCGAUUACAUCAGCGUGGACGAAGAAGAACUUUAUGGCCACAGCCCUCCAUCCCAUCACAGCCAUGAUGGCAGAACUACCACUGCCCUGUGCAGUGGCCCCGCCCCCUCUGACAGAGCGCCCUCUCCCAUCUACGGAGAUAACAUCCCUUACACCAUCCUCAAUGCCAUGGAAACCACAGAGCCAAUCACAGCCAUCUUCAUGGGCUUCCAGACGGCGCAGGACGACAGUUGUCGGGGUCGGGAGUUUGAGGGCUCCCUGAAGGCCGAGCUGGUCGUCAUUGAAGACAUCGCAGACUGCAGCGAUGACCACGGUGUGAAGAAGAAGAAGUGCCACCUGCAGCUUGGGCAAAAUGGUUACCCAAUAGGAGGUUCAUCCAAUGGAAACGGGGCGCGUGUGGACGGGGUGGGAGACAGGUGGAAGGGGACAGGGGUGGGAUCAGGUGUCAGACAGAGACCCUGCUGCACUGUGUGCUAACGGGACUAGCUAAGCCCCGCCCACCCAACAAGCAGCUGCACCGCCUGCUCACCUCAUGGCGGGUGAUUUGUCAUUUAUAAACUUACAAUUCUUUCUACAAAUUUACUGACUUGGCAUCAGAGCCUUCAUUCAACACAUGAAUAGUUUUUGGGCUGACAUUCUGUCGAUAAGCUCGCCAUGAAGGUGGCCAAAGGAUGGAUAAAUACACCUCAAAAGAAUACUCCAUACUUAAAUGAUUUAACGUAAGGCAUUCGCCCUGUUUCAUUGUUGGAGAAUAUUUGAUCAGUUUAGUACAGUCAAGUCUCCUGAAACGGCAAUGGGGAACAUAAAAACAUUCUAAUUCUCUGCUAUCUAAGUGAUUAUGUCUUAUUAAAUGAUCCAUUACGCGUAUUAACCCAUCAGCAGGUUGCUAGCGCUCCUCUGCUGGUACAAACAAGGUGCUAUUUUAUCUCAGAGUGGACUUCGGCUGAAGCUCUACUUGAACACUGUGUUUUUAAUAGUUGCUUCAGUAGGCAGAGACACUUAGUGUGGAAUAGAUGCUAAAACUCAAUGAUCUCCAUCAGAUGAUUCCUCUACUUAACCCAAUGUCAAAUGAAACACACUUCAUUGGAUGUGGUCUUAGGCGGAUUCAUUUGACUAGCUAGUGCUUUUUAAUUGCAGAUGAUUAUCCCUGUUUUUAAAGCAACGUCUGAAGUUUGAAUGGUAGAUGCUAAACAUGUAUGUUACACAUGUUACGUGCUUACACGUGUAACAAUGAUGCUAAUAAACCUUUUUUUACAGAUCG